UUUUCUCCACUUGGCGAUUAUUCACGAGGAAAAAGCUCUGAGCCUGGAGGUGAUCCAGCAGGCGGCCGGGGACCGUGCUUUCCUGAACUUCCAGAACAACCUCAGCCAGACGCCUCUUCACCUGGCAGUGAUCACCGAUCAGCCUGAAACAGCCGAACAUCUUCUGAAGGCUGGAUGCGACCUGGAAAUCAGAGACUUCCGAGGAAACACCCCCCUGCACAUUGCCUGUCAGCAAGGCUCCCUCAGGAGCGUUAGCGUCCUCACGCAGUACUGCCAGCCGCACCACCUCCUCGCUGUCCUGCAGGCCACCAACUACAACGGACAUACAUGUCUCCAUUUGGCAUCUAUUCAAGGAUACCUGGCAAUUGUCGAAUACUUGCUGUCCUUGGGAGCAGAUGUAAAUGCUCAGGAGCCAUGCAAUGGCAGAACAGCACUACAUUUGGCUGUCGACCUGCAGAAUUCAGAGCUGGUGUCGCUUCUGGUGAAACAUGGGGCAGACGUGAACAAAGUGACCUACCAGGGCUAUUCCCCCUAUCAGCUCACGUGGGGAAGGGACAACUCCAGCAUACAGGAACAGCUGAAGCAGCUGACCACGGCUGACCUGCAGAUGUUGCCAGAAAGUGAGGAUGAGGAGAGCAGUGAAUCGGAGCCUGAAUUCACAGAGGAUGAACUUAUAUAUGAUGACUGCCUUAUUGGAGGACGACAGCUGACAUUUUAAAGCAGAGCUUUCUGUGAAAAGAAGUGACUGUGUACAUAUGUAUAGAAAAAGGACUUUCUUCAUUUAAAAAGAAAGUUGCAAUGCAGAGGGAGAAAGCAGGAGGGAAAUACUACACUGCACAGCAAGGAGCACAUACUUGUAACAGGAUGGUUCCAGGUUCUGGCCUAUGUUUAAAUACAGGAGUGGGAUGUGUAACAUCAGUAGAUAUCAGUGCAUUAUGCACUCCACCUGAUAAAGAGCCACACAGCCAGUCUUUCCAACCCUACGAAGGUAAAGGACUACACAUCCAACCUGCUAGUUACACAGAGCUAUCUUGUGGCAUUAACUACCACGAGGAACGCAUAUCCUCUCAUGGCAAGGCAGGCUCAUACCAACACCCAUCUUCUUGGAGACACUGUUAGUUUGUGUGGGGCUGGUGGUGCUCCCUGGCCUUACUGACUGACCUCAGCUGCUCUCGGUGGGGCAUCCCAAGUGCAGGAGUCAAAUCAAGUGACUGGUGACCUGGCUGUCAAGAGAAAGUAGCAAUGAUGUUAACUGUGGGCAUUGGAAACUCUGUGUUUCACACCAUGUGUGUCAUAAUUGCUACACUUUUUAGCAAUUG